GUUUGGUGAAUGAGAACCAGAGACCAUCAAAUUCUUAUAACGGAGAUCUGAAUGGACUGCUGGUGCCUGACCCCAUCGUGGCUGGAGAUGUACCUUCUCUGGCUAAGCCAGUGCAUCGCACUAUUUCUCUGGGAGCCCUGCAGGAGAAACAAGUCAUCUGCCUUUCUGGUGAUGACAGUUCCACUUGCAUAGUGAUAACAGCAAAAGAUGUGGAGGUAGUAGCCAGCAGUGAUUCCAGCAUCACCAGUAAGGCCAGAGGGAGUAACAAGGUGAAGAUACAGCCUGUUGCUAGAUAUGACUGGGAGCAGAAGUACUAUUAUGGCAAUCUGAUAGCAGUUUCAAACUCGUACCUGGCUUAUGCCAUUAGAGGUGCCAGCAAUGGCUCUGCUAUGGUGCGGGUCUUGAGUAUCAGCGCUGCUGAGAGGACCUUGCUGAAAGGAUUCACUGGCGGUGUGGCAGAUCUGGCUUUUGCUCAUCUCAACUCCAACCAGCUGGCAUGCCUGGAUGAGGCUGGCAACCUUUUUGUCUGGCGCCUGGCCAUGGAUAAAGAAAAAAUACAAGAGGAGAUCCUGGUUAACAUCAAGCGGCCUGACAAUACCCCAUUGAACACCUCUCGAAGAAUCAUCUGGUGCCCUUUCAUCCCGGAUGAUAAUGAGGAGAGUGGUGAAGAAGGAAGUCAGACAUUGGCGUUGCUGCAUGAGGACAGGGCAGAGGUGUGGGAUUUGGACAUUAUCCGAACGAACAACAGCUCCUGGCCAGUGGAAGUGCCUAAUAUCAAAGAAGGCUUCAUCGUAGUGAAAGGCCACAGCACGUGCCUGAGUGAGGGAGCACUUUCUCCAGAUGGAACUGUGCUGGCCACAGCAAGCCAUGACGGUUUUGUCAAAUUCUGGCAGAUCUAUAUUGAGGGUCAGGAUGAGCCAAGGUGUCUUCAUGAGUGGAAACCCCAUGAUGGUAGGCCUCUUUCCUGCCUACUCUUUUGUGACAAUCAUAAAAAACAAGACCCAGAGGUUCCUUUCUGGAGAUUUCUCAUCACAGGAGCAGAUCAGAACAGAGAACUGAAGAUGUGGUGCACUGUGUCUUGGACCUGUCUGCAGACUGUCCGCUUUUCUCCUGACAUCUUCAGCUCCAUGAGUAUUCUUCCCAGCCUGAAAGUCUGCCUGGACCUCUCAGCUGAAUAUCUGAUACUGAGUGAUGUGCAAAGAAAAGUUUUGUAUGUGAUGGAGCUGAUGCAGAACCAAGAGGAGGGCAAAGCUUACUUCAGCUCCAUCUCAGAGUUCCUCCUUACCCACCCAGUCUUAAGCUUUGGCAUCCAGGCAGUGAGCCGCUGUCGGUUAAGGCACACUGAGGUGCUCCCACCAGAAGAGGAAAGUGACAACUUGAGUGUAGAAGGUGCUCAGGGAGCUGGGGCUGUUGAAUCAGCAGCAGGCGUGCUGAUAAAACUCUUCUGUGUGCACACCAAGGCUCUACAGGAUGUGCAGAUUAGAUUUCAGCCUCUUCAUAGCCCUGACACGAAUGCAUCCAUGCCUUCCCAUGGCUCUCAAGAAGAAUUUGCCUUUCCAGACCACAUGGCUGAUCUAAGCACAGAAGAGCUGGGAUCAGAAAAAGGAUCAGUGCAUGGCUCUCAACCAGACCUGCGACACAUUGCUGAUCUGCCUGUGCCAGCAGACUUCCUUUCUCUCUCAAAUGAUGCCAAACCUAAGCUGAUGACUCCAGAUGCAUUCAUGACACCGAGUACAUCGCUUCAACAGGUUGCUGUAUCUCAAGGCAGCACUGUCAGUUCCCUGACUACAGUCACAGCCAUGAGUAGCACUUCUGUCACAGAUGCCUCUAUGCCCAGGCCAUCAGAAGACUUGACUGUGAGCCCCAAGAUGCAGCUGGACACCAGCCUCACACUGAGUAGCAGUAGCAGCGGUCUCCAGACUAGUCCUAGGAGCCAUUCAGUUCUUAUCCCAGGCCUUUCUGACAAGCUGACACCAAAGGCAGCUAUUCCAGUCCCACCGGGAAACCCUUCUCUAGCACUGGAACUGCAGGAGGUGGAGCCUUUGGUGAUGCCCCAGGCUUCUCCCACCCGUGAGCGCUCACCAGACGUCAUUUCCUCUGCUUCCACAGUCAUGUCCCAGGAUAUUCCUGAGAUUGCUUCCGAGACCUUGCAACGCAGCUUUGCGGCAGCUCCCUCUGGGCUUCCUGUAGAGGUGCUGGAGCCCAGCCAUCACGCAGACAGUAUGGCAUCCGCUGCCUCAGCCUUGCAUUUGCUGUCUCCAGGCACCCGGCACAAUUCCGAGCAUAGCCAGCACUCGUUGGACAUGCCUCCAGUGGAGGUGGACAGGCUGAAUGCUCCAUCAUUACUGGAGACUGCUUUAACUCAGGAAAAUGCAUCUUCUGACAGUGUUGUGAGUCAGCCAUGGCCAGCAGCUCCUGACAUAACCAGAGAAACCAGGAACACCAUGGCAGACAGCCCAAGGGAUGAGGUUGAAGAAAAGCACAAGACUUCUUCCUAUCAUCGACACAGCUACCACCUGCUGCAGCAUGACAGCCAGGAUGCUAGUGCAGAACAAAGGGAUGUGAACCAGUCACCAAGAUCAUCUAACAACCUGAUGACACCAGAGUUCCAGGAGGAGGUGAUGUGCAUAUUGAGGAGGCAACAGCAGGAGCUCUCUUGGCUGCGUCAGAACCAGAUGGAUCUGGUGCAAAGACUCAUGGAUCACAUUAAUACUAUUCAGAGCAACGUUAUGGGCCACAUGGAGAGGCUGAUUAACUCCCAGCAGGAGCAGAGCCAGAGAAGACUAGACCGACUGCUGACGGAAGUACAGCAGCGCAAUGGGCAGCUCCAGGAGCAUCUGUCUCAGCAGCUCUCUCAAUCCCUUUCCACUGUGGUAUGUAACCGUCUGGAGAGGACCGUUCGUGAGGAGAUGAAGAAGACUGUACCCCAGUGCAUUUCCAAGAGCAUGGACACUAUUGCUGGCCAGCUAAAUAACACUAUUGCUGCCAAGCUCACUGCUGUUGAGGGGACACUGAAAGAAAAUAUCGCCAAGCUAGUGAAAUCAAAGAACCUUACAGAUGCUGUUGUGAGGACUAUGACUGAUACUCUGCAGGGGCAAAUCCAGUCAUCUUACAGAGAAGCAUUUCAGAGUGUCGUGUUGCCAGCCUUCGAGAAGAGCUGCCAGUCCAUGUUCCAGCAGAUUAAUGACACCUUCAAGCAGGGUACGCAGGAAUAUGUCCAGCAGUUUGAGGCUCACUUGAAGAACAAGAAUGUACGAGAACAGGAGGCCCAGGACCUGCUGCUGAGUCAGCUUCGACAGCUCACCAGCACCUUCCAGAGCACCACGGAGCAGCUGGCUUCCUCUAUCACAGCCAGCGUCCAUGCUGAGGUGGAACAUCAGCUGCGCAUCUUUGUGGGCAACAUGCAGGAGUCCACUUUGGCCCAAGUACAGCGAGUCAUUAAAGAAGAAGUGAGCCUGGCUAUGAAGGAGCAGCAAGCAGCAGUCACCUCAAGCAUCGUCCAGGCAAUGCGCUCAGCAGCUGGCACUCCAGUCCCUUCCACUCACUUGGAUUUCCAGUCUCAGCAAACUCACAUUCUCCAGCUGCUCCAGCAGGGACGCCUCAACCAAGCCUUCCAGCAGGCUCUAACAGCAGCUGAUCUCAACCUUGUUCUGUACGUGUGUGAGACUGUGGAUACUGAGCAAGUAUUUGGGCAGCAUCCAUGCCCACUGUCCCAGCCUGUGCUGCUCUCUCUCAUUCAGCAACUCUCCUCUGAUUUGGGUACUCGUACGGAACUGAAGUUGAAUUACUUGGAGGAGGCGGUGAUGCAUCUGGACCACAGCGACCCUAUCACCCGAGACCACAUGGGGUCAGUCAUGAACCAGGUACGGCAGAAGCUCUUCCAGUUCCUGCAGGUGGAGCCCCACAACACGCUGAGCAGGCCUGCCCGUCGCCUCACAAUGAUACUCCAGGGCCUGCUCGCUCUGGAGCAGAUCCAGUAG